AUGGGUAACAAGAUUUCCACGGAGGAUCACAUCUUUCGAUUAAAAUUAAAAACAAAGGAACUAGAAAAAUUAUCAAACAGGUCAGAAUUAGAAGAGAAAAAGCUCAUAACCGAUGUCAAAAAGGCCAUACAGGCAGGGAAGAUCGACAUAGCAAGGCUAUACGCAGAAAAAUGCAUAAGAAAGAAAAACGAAAAAAUUAACUACCUCAAUUUGAGUAACAAAUUGGAUGUCCUUGUGUCCAGGCUCGAGGGGGCCCACAGAUGCGCGUCGCUAGUUAAAGACGUAAGCAUGAUGAUCCCGCUGAUACAGAAGAUAAACACCGAGACCAACGCCGUCAAAAUUGGGAAUGACGUCAUGAAGCUGGAAAACAUCUUUGACGAAAUUAGCAUCAGCUCGGAUCUCAUAAACGACACUGUUCAAACGUCCUCUGCGAUCAGCGCCCCCACGGAGGAGGUUGACGAAUUGAUUUCCAAAAUAGCAGAUGAGCAUGCCAUAAAGCUGGAUGGACAGCUGGGCCCCGUAAAUUCGAUUAAUAAGGUAAAACAAAAUUUUUUAUCCUUUGUAAAAGGAAAAGCAAGAGGGACAUAA